AUGGCACCUCGCAAUCGCCACAAGAAGAGACAAGUCUCCAAGGAGUCCAACGCAUUCUCCGACGUCACGAACAACAGUGCGAUGCAAAGCAACGAGAUCUUCUUCGACAAUCAGCUGCAACAACUCCAAGAACUCCCAGAACUGCAAAUUGCAGCGGAGCCUUCGCAUAGUUCAUCCAUCACGUGGAAAAGUCCUUGGGUGAAAGAAAAAGAAGAAUAUGAGAGAAUUCGACAUCGAGUCCGUCAUUUUUCACCCGCAGUGUUCAAAGGCAGAAGGAAAGAGCUUUUCCCCCAGGAUACCUCCGAAUGGAUGGAGCAUAAGAGAGGAUUGGCAGCCAUGAACGAAGCUGGUCUGCGAGAAGAUAUCGCACACAUGAAAGAACUGAUAGCCAUCAAAGAGAAGGAUCCCAAGGGUCAAAAACUCAUGAAGCCUUUUGGGGGAAAGGUAUUCAGUGAUGAUCUCAGCUCAGUGCUGGCACUGCCAACCAUCUGGAACUCCAACAAUUUCGACCCCGCCAAUGUCAAUCUUGGGGCCAAUUGGCCAAGCAAACGCGAAGCGCAGUUGUAUGUCGAUGGCCGAAAGAAUGGACCAGCAAACCAGAAGAACCCUCUGCCACCACCAAAGCUCCCAGGCACAACCUUGGAGGAGGAAGCAUUCAUCAAGCCAUGGCCACUCGACAGGACUGGACCAAAUCAGGAUGAGAUCAGAUUCUACAACUCGCUCAUGGACAAUGACCCGGAGUUCGCAUCCAGGGGUGCUUCUUUGCUUGGAUCCGCAUUGAUCGGUGAGAUCGGCCAACGUACUGAGCCAACCACACUGGAGAGGCGAUAUGCAAAUCUGCAAACAGUGCCAGAAGAGGCAGGGAUUCAGCACGGGUAUUUUUACCAAGACAGUGAAUCAGAGUCUGCCCCCGAACAACCCUUGGAUGUGUCUGGACCGCAUGGAUAUGCAAGGCAGGAUCAAUCACAGGGGGCUUUCUAUGCGAGGGAGAACGAGCAUGAAGGGAUUUGGUAUGGUCCAAACGGUCAAGGACCGCAACUCGGCCAUGGAAGCCAUUGGUAUUGA